UGAUACACACAUACAAAUCAUUCCCACUUUCCUUCACAAAUUAUCAUAAAUCUCUUACCAACUCCCAUGGCGAAUUCUCUACUCCAUGAACCCCAGAAGCUCAUCAUUGAUACUGACCCCGGAAUUGAUGAUAGCAUUACAAUUAUGAUGGCAUUUGAGAGUCCAGAGGUGGAGAUCAUAGGCAUGACCACCAUUUUUGGUAAUGUUACUACACAAGGUGCCACACACAAUGCUCUUCUUUUGUGUGAGCUUGCAGGACAUCAAAAUGUUCCAGUAGCAGAAGGCAGCCCUGAACCACUUAAGGGUGGAAUUCCUAGGGUUGCUGAUUCAAUUCAUGGUUCUGAUGGAUUGGGAAAUAUGUUCUUGGCACCACCAAAAGCUAAGAAAAUUGAUAAGUUUGCUUCUGAAUUUUUAGUGGAGAAAGUUUCAGAAUAUCCUGGCCAAGUAUCUGUUCUAGCACUUGGACCUUUAACAAACUUAGCUUUGGCCAUCAAAAGGGAUUCUUCUUUUGCAAGCAAGGUGAAGAAAAUAGUUGUUCUUGGUGGUUCUGUUUUGGCCUUAGGAAAUGUUAAUCCUGCUGCAGAAGCAAAUAUCUAUGGAGACCCAGAAGCAGCAGAUAUUGUGUUUACUUCUGGAGCUAACAUUGUUGUUGUUGGAUUAAACAUUACAACCCAAAUCAAAUUCACAGAUGCUGACCUCCUUGAAUUGAAGGAAUCCAGAGGAAAGUAUGCACAUUUAUUGAGUAACAUGUGCAAAUUCUAUAGGGAUUGGCAUGUUAAUUCUGAUGGUUUCUAUGGAAUUUUCCUACAUGACCCUGUCUCUUUUGUGGCACUUGUGCAACCAAAUUUAUUUACUUAUAAGAAGGGAGUAAUGAGAGUAGAGACACAAGGCAUUUGUGAGGGACAUACAAUUAUGGACCUAGGACUAAAAAAAUGGAAUACAAGUAACCCAUGGACAGGUUAUUCCCCAGUUUCAGUUGCUUGGACGGUGAAUGUUGAUGAAGUUCUUCGUUUUAUUAAGGAAAGACUCAUGAAAUCAUGAUUCUAUGAAGAAUCAAUCAAUAGGCAUAUAUACAAAUUAAUAAUUGGAACUACUUCCUUUCUGACACAAGUUAAUUGAAGCAUGAGGAUUUUGGAUUCUAACACAAAGAUGAGCUAAUAAUCACUUUUGAGUUUUAAUGUGACAAUGAAUCUUAAUGUAUGUAAUGACUUCUAGUGAUUUUUUUCUAAA